CAACGAGUCAACAAAGGACAGAGGCGGAGGCUGUAGACAGAUGCAGAAAUGUCGUCCAGUUACUCAGCAAACCAGUAUGAUGGUGCCUUCCGGUCGCAGAGGCUGCAGAACUGGUGUGAGACUAAGCACUUCAAAGAGAGACCCACUGCACAGGAGGGUCACACCACCUUCAUUGCCGAUAAUAGAGGACAUCUGCUCCCAGGAGUGGUAAAGAGGGGCAGUGCAUGGCCAGACUUUAAGGGGACCUGGGAUCUACCUGCUCGUAUCCCAGCCCACCACAUCAACCCUACAGGCCGCUCUGUGGAGGGUCUCAACAGGCUGAAGUCCUGGGGCUUUGACCCACAGCACACUGGCAAGUCUCAGCCACGCAGAGGCGGAAAAACCCCUGGGCAGCAGAAUGUUGGUGAACAGACCAAUGGGGGUGUACAGCAGGACGAUGCUGCCCCAUCCUCUGCAGCUGAAGCCCGACCAGCAUCUCAGAACCUCCCUGUCACUGAAGGCGAGAGAACUGCCAGCCAAAACCAGGACUUGCAGGCAGCUGUGGUUGGAUCCAUCGGUCAACCCGAUGAAGAAAAACGAGCUAAUCAAGCUACUGGGAAAGUCAGGCCACUGAGCCAUUGCUCUGCAGCUGGAAGGGGGAAUAGUAGCAGGCCGGAUACUGGCAAGGGGAGACCAGUGAGCAAUGUGGCGGAGAAAGUAGCCAGCCAAAGAGCAUCAUCAUCCACCAAACAAACACACAGAGAUGCACAACAAGACCAGUGAAUUUCUUCAUUGAAUUUUUAGUGGA